AGGCGCACGGACGGACUGACGGUGUGUGUGCUCGCUCUCUCCGCGCCUCUGCUGCUGCUGUGCUCCCUCUAUCUCUGUGUGCGCGUGCGCCCCCCCCUCCCCAAUUUCUCUCCUGUCCUGUCCACAUUGGGUGUGGAGGUGGAGGUAUGUAGCACCGGGGAAGAAAAAUAGUGGCGUGUUAUGGCACUGUUGGUUUUCCAUACCGGAUUCCCCGCACCGAGCAGCAUGUAGCACCUGGAGCCGCGUUUCCCCCGAAGAAAGCAUCGCCUGAACGAGGAUUAUUCUGGGGGUGGGUUGGGGGAUUUAUUCCUUAUUUUAGAGGAGUGUUAGUGUGUGUUUCCCCCGCCGCUCUGCACCUCCCGGUCGAUGGUCGUUGAGGAAGCUUCCAUCUUGAGAUCUACCGAGAGCACCAUGGCGAGCGACUCCCCUGCGCGGAGUCUGGACGAGAUAGACCUGUCUGCACUCCGGGAUCCAGCUGGUAUCUUUGAGCUGGUGGAGCUGGUUGGAAAUGGCACCUAUGGGCAGGUCUACAAGGGUCGUCAUGUCAAAACAGGUCCGCUUGCUGCCAUAAAAGUCAUGGACGUCACAGGAGAUGAGGAGGAGGAGAUUAAAGCGGAGAUCAACAUGUUAAAGAAGUACAGCCACCACAGGAACAUCGCCACCUACUAUGGAGCGUUCGUCAAGAAAAACCCUCCAGGGAUGGAUGACCAGCUUUGGCUUGUGAUGGAGUUCUGUGGCGCUGGUUCAAUUACGGAUUUGAUCAAAAACACCAAAGGGAACUCUUUGAAGGAAGAGUGGAUUGCCUACGUCUGCAGAGAGAUCCUCAGGGGUCUGACCCACCUCCACCAGCACAAGGUCAUCCACAGAGAUAUCAAAGGACAGAAUGUGCUACUGACAGAAAACGCAGAGGUUAAACUAGUGGACUUUGGUGUAAGUGCUCAGCUGGAUCGCACGGUGGGUCGGAGGAAUACAUUUAUUGGAACGCCAUACUGGAUGGCGCCUGAGGUCAUUGCCUGUGACGAGAACCCUGAGGCCACAUAUGACUUCAAGAGUGAUCUGUGGUCUCUCGGUAUCACAGCUAUAGAGAUGGCGGAGGGAGCACCGCCUCUGUGCGACAUGCAUCCAAUGAGAGCGCUCUUCCUCAUCCCCCGAAAUCCUGCCCCCAGACUCAAGUCUAAGAAGUGGUCGAAGAAGUUCCAGUCCUUUAUCGACAGCUGCCUGAUAAAGAGCCACAGUCAGAGGCCAAGCACGGAGCAGCUGCUCAAACACCCGUUCAUCCGAGAGCUGCCCAACGAGAGGCAGGUCCGCAUCCAACUGAAGGACCACAUCGACCGCACCAAGAAGAGGAGGGGGGAGAGAGAUGAGACAGAGUACGAGUACAGUGGGAGUGAAGAGGAGGAUGAAGAGAGGGACGUCGGAGAGCCUAGUUCCAUCAUCAACAUCCCUGGCGAGUCCACACUGCGGCGGGACUUCCUGCGCCUGCAGCUCGCCAACAAGGAGCGCUCGGAGCUGAUCCGGCGGCAGCAGCUGGAGCAGCAGCAGAACGAGGAGCACAAGCGUCAACUGUUGGCCGAAAGGCAGAAACGCAUCGAGGAGCAGAAGGAGCAGAGGCGGCGGCUGGAGGAGCAACAGCGUAGGGAGCGGGACAUGAGGAAGCAGCAGGAGCGCGAGCAGAGGAGGAGGUACGAGGAGAUGGAGCAGCUCCGGAGAGAGGAGGAGAGAAGGCACUCGGAGAGAGAGCAGGAGUAUAUCCGUAGGCAGCUGGAGGAAGAACAGAGGCAGCUGGAGAUCCUGCAGCAGCAGCUCCUGCAAGAGCAGGCCUUACUGCUGGAGUACAAGAGGAAGCAGAUCGAGGAGCAGCGUCAGGCGGAGCGCCUGCAGAGGCAGCUGCAGCAGGAGCGAGCGUACCUGGUGUCUCUGCAGCAGCAGCAGGAACCCCCCCGGCCCCCCCAGGACAAGAAGCAGCUAUACCACUACAAAGACCAGGCCCCCGGCACCAACGACAAGCCGGCCUGGGCUACGGAGGUGGAGGAGCAUUAUAAGAUGAACAGACAGACUUCUCCUGCGUUGCAGCAUAAGGUCGCUAACCGGAUCUCUGACCCAUCACUGCCCCCCCGCUCCGAGUCCUUCAGCAGUGGAGGCAUCCAGCAGGCCCGCACCCCCCCAAUGCACCGCUCUGUAGAACCACAGAUGGCCCAUUUGGUGCAGGUGAAGAGCCACGGUCUGUCCGGGUCCCAGUCCCUGUACGACCCCCACGGCGUGUCCUCCUCCUCGGCGUCGCCCUCCCCCUCCCGGCCUCCCAUGCCCCGGCAGAACUCCGACCCCACCUCUGACACCCCUACCCCCCUGCCCCUUUCCCGCCUGGCACCCCCCCUCGACAAGCUGGACCGCAGUUCAUGGCUGCGGCAGGACGACGAUGUGCCCCCCAAGGUUCCUCAGAGGACGACCUCCAUCUCUCCUGCUUUAGUCAGAAAACACUCUCCUGGAAACGGACCAGGCCUAGGCCCCCGGGCUGGAGCCCACCUUAUACGGGCCAGCAACCCCGACCUGCGGAGGACGGACAUUUCUCUGGAUACGCCACUGAAGAAGACAAGCAGUGGCAGCUCCUCCAGCUCCAGCACCCCGAGCUCCCAUGGGGGGUCCAACGAGAGAGGUAACCAAGCAGUUAAGACUGAGGGCUCAAAUCUUUCUUCUUCCCAUGAGAACAAAGAGGACGGCAGAGAGACACGACCCAGCCGGCCUGCAAGCUAUAAGAGAGCUGUAGACGAGGAGGAGUUGGACCUGACGGCUCUGGCCAAAGAGUUGCGGGAGCUCCGUCAGGGCGAGGAGACGAGCCGCCCCCCAGUCAAAGUGACCGACUACUCCUCCUCCAGCGAAGACUCCCACAGCAGCGAGGAUGAGGAGGGGGAGGGGGGGGCGAGUGAUGGGACCGUGGCCGUCAGCGACAUACCGCGGAUCAUGCCAAAUGCGGGUCAAGCUAUGAACGAGGCCUUCAGCAUGUUGGGAGGUCACAAUGAUGACUCGUAUGGAAACAGCUCACAGGACGGCACCCUGAUGAUGAGAGAGUACGGGAUGGGGAGCAGCGGAGGAUCCAAGUCUUCCUUCACUCCGUUCGUAGAUCCGAGGGUUUACGGGACCUCACCGACUGACGACGACGAUAACACUUCUGCCUCAUCGCUUUUUUCUGACGAGCUUAUGAAGCAGGAGCAGGAGCAGGCGCGGCUCAAUGAGGCCCGAAAGAUCUCCGUAGUCAAUGUUAACCCGACCAACAUCCGGCCGCACAGCGACACGCCCGAGAUCCGCAAAUACAAGAAACGCUUCAACUCUGAGAUCCUCUGUGCAGCUCUUUGGGGAGUGAAUCUGCUGGUGGGGACGGAGAAUGGCCUGAUGUUGCUGGAUCGAAGCGGUCAAGGGAAAGUUUAUAAUCUGAUUAAUCGACGGCGCUUUCAACAGAUGGACGUCCUGGAGGGACUCAACGUCCUUGUCACCAUCUCAGGGAAGAAGAACAAGCUGCGAGUUUACUACCUGUCCUGGCUAAGGAACAGGAUAUUACACAAUGACCCUGAAGUGGAAAAGAAACAAGGCUGGAUCACUGUCGGGGAGCUGGAGGGCUGCGUGCACUACAAAGUCGUGAAAUAUGAGAGGAUUAAGUUUUUGGUGAUUGCUCUGAAGAACGCAGUGGAGAUCUACGCCUGGGCGCCUAAACCUUACCACAAGUUUAUGGCCUUCAAGUCGUUCACUGAGCUGCAGCACCGCCCUCAGCUGGUGGACCUGACGGUGGAGGAGGGUCAGAGGUUAAAGGUCAUCUAUGGCUCCAGUGUCGGCUUCCACGUCAUUGAUGUGGACUCUGGAAGCCCCUACGACAUCUACAUCCCCUCACAUAUUCAGGGUCAGGUGACCCCACACGCCAUCGUGGUGCUGCCCAAGACGGACGGCAUGGAGAUGCUGCUGUGCUACGAGGACGAGGGCGUCUACGUCAACACCUACGGACGCAUCACCAAAGACGUGGUGCUGCAGUGGGGCGAGAUGCCCACAUCCGUCGCCUACAUCCACUCCAACCAGAUCAUGGGCUGGGGAGAGAAGGCCAUUGAGAUCCGCUCCGUGGAGACGGGACACCUCGAUGGAGUUUUCAUGCACAAGCGAGCUCAGCGACUGAAGUUCCUAUCGGAGAGGAACGACAAGGUUUUCUUCGCCUCGGUGCGCUCUGGAGGAAGCAGCCAAGUCUUCUUCAUGACCCUCAACAGAAGCUCCAUGAUGAACUGGUAA